AUGAAGUGUCACUACGAAGUGCUUGGGGUGCCCCGUACCGCGAACGAUGAUGAAAUUAAGAAAUCCUACCGGAAGCUGGCCCUCCGCUGGCAUCCGGACAAAAAUCUGGACAAUCCGGAGGAAGCGAACCAGCAGUUUUUGCGCGUGCAGGCCGCGUACGAUGUGCUCUCGGACAUGCAUGAGCGAACCUGGUACGACAACCACCGGGAACAGAUCCUGCGCGGAGGGCACACCGACUACGAGGAUAACUCGCUGGACGUUUUCGCGUACUUUACUACCUCGUGCUACAAGGGGUACGGUGACGAUCCCGGGGGCUUCUACGCGGUGUACGGCGAGGUUUUUCACAAGCUUGCCACCGAGGAGGUAGAGUUUCUCGAAACCGAGGAAGAGUUCGAAGCGAUCCCCAAGUUUGGCGACUCGCAAUCGGACUACGACAGUGUCGUGCGACAGUUUUACGGUCACUGGGAAGGUUUCUGCACGAAGAAAAGUUACGCCUGGCUGAAUCCGCACAACGUGGCCGAGAUACGCGACCGACGGGUGCUGAAGGCUAUCGAAAAGGAGAAUAAGAAAGUGCAACAGAAGGCACGGAAGGAGCGUAACGAGGAAAUCCGAAGCCUGGUGCUGUUCGUGAAGAAGCGCGAUCGACGGGUACUGGCCUACAAGAAGCUGCUUGAGGAAAGAGCUACCCAAAAUCGGCUAAAAUCGCAACAGAACCGACUGGAGCAGAUACGGCGCCACCAGCAGGAGAUCGAACGGAACUCGUCGAACCAUUUCAACGAGGCGUACGAGGAACAGUUACGGAAACUGGAAGCAUCUUAUGCCGAUUCAUCCGAAGAGGACAGCAACCCUGAGUGCGAUGGCGCUACGAACGGACUCGGCGAGGCGAUGGCCGGCCUCAGCGUGGGUCAGGACGAAAACGGUGACGAAAGCUUCUACGUCGACGAUCUCUACUGUGUGGCGUGCGACAAAAUGUUCACGAACCGCAAGUCGUACGAAAACCAUGAAUCUUCCCGUAAGCAUCGACAAAACGUUGAAUUGUUGCGCCAGGAGAUGCGCGAGGAAUCGGCACUGGACAAUGGCCUUUCGGAGGAAGUGAAACAACAGGAAAAUAUCGACGAAGACACGCAACACUCCGAGGUCCUUGCUACUAGCGACGAGGAAGCGCUAGGACCGGAGCCGGCCCAAGAGGUAAAAGUGAAGUCGAAGAAAAACAAAGGCAAAAAGAAAGUUCUCAACCAUACUUCUGUGAUAAAAUCGUCCGAUGACGAGCGAGUGAAAGAUGACGACACCAGGGAGGAACCCGAUUUGGCAGGCUUGCGAUUGGGAAAGAAGGCCGGCGCAGGCGCUCUGGAUGGCAGCGAUGAUGAUACGAACUGGACUGCCAACAGUGGCAAUAAAAAGUCAAAGAAAGGGAAAGCGAAACCGAAAACCGAUUCCGGUGCGCAGAAGAGCAAAACUGUUGCACCACCGAAAGAGUCGGAAGAACCGCCGGUCGAGGUAGCCAGUUCCAAAGCGAAUGGAGGCCAACAUUCGGACGAUGAAGGAGACACUUCAUCCACCGAACACUCGUGCGUCACCUGUAACGUAAGGUUUCCCUCGAAGAACAAACUUUUCGAACACCUCAAAAAGACUGGUCACAGCGUGUACAUCGACAAGCUGAAAUCGGCGAAAGCUGCAGCGACUGCCACCGGAGGUGGCACGAAAGGCAAGCGGAGAGGCAAGUGA